AUGCCUUUCAGAACAAAGUCCAACAUUAAAAUUCAUGGCGAAGUAAAUAAGAAAAAGUAGAGUUGAUAAUAUGUAUUCAAUCUGUUUUCAAAAGCAGUGAUCAUUCACCUGUAAAUUCGCGAUGCCAUGUUCCAUUUGUGGCAAGAUUUUACUGUAACGCAUGCCCAAGGACCUUUCGUCAGAAUUCUGUUCCAAAUAAAAUUCACAUUAAAAAGAAGGAACAAAAAGUGACUUAACGCCUUUUGGGAACACUCUUCCGUUGAUUAUCACCGAGACAAUCACAGUUUUGCUGUUAUAUUUAAGGGGUGCAUGUAGCUGGAAUUUUCAAACUCAUUGCAAUGAAAAUUUAAUUCUGUUGAUCAAACAUCUCUGACUUCAAAGAAUGGCGCCUCAAAUCGUUCUUAUGACCGGUUCUUCUUCUGGAAUUGGUCUCGUCAUGGCUCAACGUCUCGCCCGAGAUCCCGAUCACCGAUUCAUCGUCAUCGCCACCGUGAUCGCGAUGUCGGAGAAGAACGAUCUCGAGGCUGCUGUCAAGGACGUCAUCGACAAGACAGUUUUCAUCAAGGAGUUGGACAUCACAAAAGAUGAACGCAUUACUGAAGUAGUUGAGGGUGUUAUCAGCAGGCAUGGACGCAUUGAUGUAUUGAUAAAUAUUGCAGGCCUUGCUUUGCCUGCCAUAGCAGAGAGAGUGUCUCGGGAACAAAUCGAUAAGAUUUUCAACGUGAAUGUUAUCGGGACCAUACGACUAACCCAGGCCGUUCUGCCUCACAUGAAAGAGCGACAAUCUGGAAAGAUCAUCACAUUCUCUAGUAUCGCUGGUAAAAUAGGUUUUCCGUACUCUGAAUUUUACUGUGCAUCUAAGUUUGCUCUUGAAGGGUUCUUCGAAUCCCUGGCAGGGGGCUUGAGGGCAUUUAAAAUCAGAGUAUGUUUGAUCGAGCCUGCCCAGGUGGAGAGCGCCCUCUGGGAUUGGAUACUGCAUCAGAUGGAGUCUUUAGCCAACGACCAAACCCUUUCGGAAAUCGAUCGCCGACAGAAUCGAAUCACGCAUGCUCGCUCCAAAGAAGGAACUCGCAUGUCUGCUGACGACGUCGUUGGAGCGGUGAUAACGCGUUGUUUAGACGUCGACGAACCUGUUCUGCGUCAUUUACUGGCGCCGGGGGAAACAUGUGACGUCCUUCAGAAAACAUUGGCAGACUUGACGGGUGAAGCGGGGAUUUCUGCUUUUGGAUUCUGACAUUAAACUUGGAACUUAGUCCACCCCUACAAAAAGUUAAUUUGAAUAAAAAGAGAAAAAUCCAACAAGCAUAAAACUGAAAAUUUCAUCAAAAUCGGUU